AUGGCUGGCUUUGACGAUGCGGAGGAGGCGGUUCUUUUGUCACCUCGGGGACGCAAAAGAAAAAGGAAACCAGAGGAACACGACCGUAAACUAGCCAAGAAUGCCCGGCAUAGUGGUGGCGCGAACGCAGCUGUUGCUUGUGUACAUAACAACGUGAAUGUUUGUCAGGCAGCCAAGUUAUCCCCAGAAGACAUCGAUUACAUGCACCACACCUUGUAUACCACCACAGACAAGGUAAAGCAAGAUGCCACGCUCUUGUCAUACAUGGAUGUCACCGCAGUAAAACGGAGGAGAUCAAAGAUAGAAGACAGUGCGCAACAGAAGUCCAGAGACCUGACGGUGAAAUAUUCCGUCUUGACCAGAGCACGAGAUAGGAUCCCAGUCUGCAAAUCCUCAUUCAUGAGCCUAUUCUGUGUGAAGAAAGAUCGUCUGUGUAACAUCGCCAAGUUUUGGAAACAGAAUGGGGUGCCAAUGCCGGAGCGCCGUGGAGGAGCACGGAGAUCGACAGACUAUGGAUCCACGUACGAGAGGAUGAAUGAUAAAGUGGGGUCCAAGACGGUUCUGAGUUAUCUCUAUGUCUGUCCAAGCAACAAGAGAAAGAUCAUGGUGCUGACAGACCCGGAGUUUGAGAGCAGUAUUCUCAUCAGCUCGGACGAAGGAGCCAGUUUUCAGAAGUACCGCCUCACCUUCUACGUGCUGAGCCUGCUCUUCCACCCCUUCAAAGAGGACUGGGCCCUGGCCUACAGCCACGACCAGAAGCUGUACAGUUCAGUGGACUUCGGGAGGAAAUGGCAGCUCGUCCACGAUCACGUCACGCCCAACCGGUUCUACUGGUCCGUGUUGGGUCUCGACAAGGAAUCCGACCUGGUUCACAUGGAGGCCCACACUCCAGACGGCAAUGUUCAAUACGUGACGUGCCGUGCGCUGGUCUGCUCCGAGGCUAACAGGGAGUUCCCCUUCCAUGGCUUCGUCGACAUCAACUCUCUGAUCGUUCAGGACGACUACAUUUUCAUACAGGUUCCUACUUCUGGACGUGCAACGUAUUAUGUGUCGUACAAAAGAGAACAGUUCAUACAAAUCAAACUUCCUAAAUACUCCCUUCCAAAGGAUUUACACAUCGUGAGUACAGAUGAGAAGCAGGUUUUUGCCGCGGUGCAAGAGUGGAACCAGAACGACACGUACAACCUCUACCUGUCCGACACGAGAGGAAUCUACUUCACUUUGGCCAUGGAGAACGUCAAGACCACCAGAGGGCUGGGCGGGAACCAGAACCUCGAUCUCUAUGAGGUGGCUGGGAUAAAAGGGAUGCUCAUCGCAAACAAGAGGCAGGACAACCAGGUGAAGACGUACAUCACGUACAACAAAGGCCGAGACUGGAGGCUGCUGCAGGCGCCCUCUUCUGACCUGGAGGGGAACAAUCCUGCGUGCAGGCGUGUGGCUGUGCAGACACCGCUGCUUCUGCUCAUUACGGCGCCUCCCCGCCUCUUCAGCGAGCGCAAACAUCUAUCCAAACAUCCUUUACACGUGUUACAGGAAAAGCCUUUCUGUUCGCUCCAUCUUCAGCUGCAGAUGUCUGAAAACCCCUACUUGUCUGGAGCCAUCACCACCAAGAGCUCUGCACCGGGGAUUAUCGUGGCCACAGGUAACAUCGGCCCGGAGCUAUCCUUCAACAACGUGGGUAUGUUCAUCUCCUCUGAUGCUGGGAACAGCUGGAGACAGGUGAGGCGCGCGCCGGGAUUGGGUCAUUUCCAUAUGCAUGAAGGCAGGACGCCACAGGCUCAGCAGCGUGGAUGCUUAGUGAACUAG